AUGAAGUCUUACCAAUUCCUUCUUUCUCUGACCGCUGCUCUGCCUCUGCAGGCUCGCGGAAUGCCAGCUCGGCAGAAGGGCUCUGCUACUAUUCCCGCAGACUAUGGACACUAUGCCACCUAUGUAUUCCCUGCAGACAAUGCGUCAUUUCCUCUAUAUGUCCAGGGCCAUGAUGGAGAGGCAAAGGUGGUUACAUUGGAUCUGUCUACAUUUCAAGUGGAGAGCAAAUGGCAGCAAAAGCACUUCAAAACGAUGAGGAUGGAUAAUCACGCCAUUGAAGAUCGUGAUGUAUGCGAAGCAAUAGCCGUCUGCUACCAACAGGCCGCAGAAACGGCUACUACAGCAAGUCUCUGGCUUGCAAACACAGUUGGAAACACCUGCAAGAACAUUGGCUCAAGCAUCUGGCACUAUUUCUCAGACAACAAUUACGAAAACCUCCAUUCAAUUCUGCAACAAGCAGCCGUUGGGCUUGCCAUUAACAUCGCGUCGACGCCGCUUGGCAAUGUCAUAUUGAACUCUGGCCAUCAAGCUACAUCCGGCCAGGACAAAUGUGGCACACGAGAGCCAGAGAAUCUGGCCAACGAUUUUGCAUCGGCACUGCAACAGUUCUGCGAGGCGAUCCAGAAGUCUAAGGAUACCGUUACGGACAAUCACUACUACUCUGGCGAGCUGAAGGAUGAUGAAAGCAGUCAGGACGGCACAAUGGCAAUCACUAAAGCAUUUAUCGCAUCUCAGGCAGGCAAUUUUGGUCCGGCUUGUAAAGCCCUUGGCAUUGAAUGGAAGCGAUCACUACGAGCUCUGUCAAACAUGUUGCAGUGA